CUGAAACAGGAAAAAGCAGCGGAGGGGAGGAGAUUGUAAGAAGCGGCUCUUACAGUUCCUUUCAAGUCUUUGAUCCCAAUGACUGUUGAUACACCUCCUAUUAUGUCCCAAAGUGUCAGAAUGAGUGGAUCUUCCUUGAGCUCUGGCAAUGGCAAUGGAACCCCUCUGCAUAACGCUGUUGCCUUCUACAAUGGUGAUGAAUAUGACAGUGAUGGUUCCAAUUUCGCUCCUCCUUCCCCAGUAACCUUGUCAACGGGUAUUCCAACAGAUUUAGUUGGAGCUAUACCAUUGAUUAAUAGAUUCCAGGUAGAGGGAUUUUUGAGGUCCAUGCAGAAACAGAUCCAGUCUGGUGGAAAACGUGGAUUCUUUUCCAAAAGAACUGUGGGACUUCAAGUUCGUGAAAAAUUUACAUUUGAAGAUAUGCUAUGCUUUCAGAAGGACCCCAUUCCAACUUCAUUGCUCAAAAUUAACAGUGACUUUGUAAGCCGGGCAAUAAAAUUGUUCCAGAUAAUUCUGAAGUAUAUGGGUAUUGAUUCAUCAGAUAGAACAACUCCUGUGAGCCUAGAAGAACAGAUCGAGCUUGUUGCUAAACUGUACAAGCAUACUUUGAAGCGAUCUGAACUUCGUGAUGAACUCUUUACACAGAUAUCAAAGCAAACACGGAAUAACCCAGACUGGCAAUCCUUGAUUAGAGCGUGGGAACUGAUGUAUCUAUGUGCAUCCUCCAUGCCACCUAGCAAGGACAUUGGGGCAUAUUUAUCGGAGUAUGUUCAUCAAGUAGCUCAUGGAGUGAAUACUGAUUCUCAAGUUCAAGUCCUUGCACUGAAUACAUUAAAUGCUUUGAAGCGUUCUGGUAAGGCUGGGCCUAGGCAUACAAUACCUGGUCGUGAGGAGAUUGAAGCUCUUUUGACCAGUAGAAAACUUACAACCAUAGUGUUUUUCUUGGAUGAGACUUUUGAAGAAAUUACAUAUGACAUGGCAACAACCGUUGCUGAUGCUGUUGAGGAACUUGCAGGGGUCAUUAAACUUUCUGCGUAUUCUAGUUUCAGCUUGUUUGAAUGCCGUAAAGUUGUCAAUGGUUCCAAGUCACCUGAUCCGGGAAAUGAGGAAUACAUUGGAUUGGAUGAUAAUAAAUAUAUUGGAGAUUUGUUGGCGGAAUUCAAGGCAGCCAAGGACCGUAGCAAAGGGGAAAUUUUGCACUGCAAACUUUGUUUCAAAAAGAAGUUAUUUCGGGAGUCAGAUGAAGCUGUAAUAGACACAAUGUUUGUGCAAUUGUCCUAUGUGCAGUUGCAACAUGACUAUAUCUUGGGGAAUUAUCCUGUUGGACGAGAUGAUGCUGCACAGCUUUCUGCACUGCAAAUCUUAGUUGAAAUAGGAUGGGUUGGCAGUCCAGAGUCUUGCACUGACUGGACAUCACUUCUUGAAAGGUUCUUACCUAGACAAAUUGCAAUUACGCGAGCUAGGCGAGACUGGGAGCUAGACAUUCUAUCUCGUUAUCAUUCCAUGGAACAUUUGUCAAAGGAUGAUGCGAGACAGCAAUUUCUUCGGAUUGUGAGGACACUUCCUUAUGGAAACUCAGUUUUCUUUAGUGUUCGGAAGAUUGAUGAUCCCAUAGGGCUUUUGCCUGGUCGGAUUAUCUUGGGCAUCAACAAGCGAGGGGUUCAUUUUUUCCGUCCAGUUCCAAAAGAAUAUCUACAUUCUGCUGAGUUACGAGACAUUAUGCAGUUUGGUAGCAGCAAUACUGCUGUAUUUUUUAAGAUGAGAGUAGCGGGUAUUCUUCACAUAUUUCAGUUUGAAACUAAGCAGGGGGAGGAAAUUUGUGUUGCCUUGCAAACACAUAUAAAUGAUGUAAUGUUGCGUAGAUACUCCAAAGCUCGGUCAGCUGCUAGUGCUUCCACCAAUGGAGAACUGUCACAGAACCUUAAGCCACCUAGUUUGGAUAUUUAUGAGAGACGUAUCCAGGAGUUGUCUAAAGCCAUUGAGGAAUCUCAAAAAAAUGCUGAGCAUUUAAUGGAAGAAUUACGUGGAGAACAAAAGAAAGAAACUGAAAUCCAGGAUGAGUUGGAGUUUGUAAAGCAGUCACUGAGAUCUGAGAAGCAAAUUGUAGCUGAAGUUACAUCUGAGUGUGACAGACUCAGGUCACUAUGUGAAGAAAAGGAAAAUGCCCUUCAGGUCGCACUAUUAGAGAAGAGAAGUCUGGAAGCUAGAUCGUCAAAGCUUGGAAAUCUAGGGGGUUCCUCUUCAGAGAAUAGUGCUAAAAAGGAUUUAAUUGGAUCUAGUAGCCAGGCCGGGAGUAAGGUCCAAGAAGAGUUAAAAGCACGAAAGGAUGAGCUGCAUACAGCUGAAGAAACUAUAAAAAGGCUUGCUAAUGAGAAGCUAUCAUUGGAACAGAAGAUUCAAAGGUUUGAAAAGAAGAAGUCUGAUGAGAUGGAAAUUCUUGAGAGAAAGUUUGAACAACAACGCAAGGCCUUUAAGAUGCAGGCUUCAGAACUUGAAAAGAAGCUGGAAGGGGUUACACAAGAUUUGGCUGUUGCUGAGUCCACCCUUACAGCUAAAAAUACAGAAUUGUAUACAUUGCAAAAUAAUUUGAAGGAAUUAGAGGAAUUAAGAGGAAUGAAGGAGGAUAUUGAUAGAAGGAAUGAGCAGACUGCUGCUAUUUUAAAGAAGCAAGGAGCUCAAUUGGUAGAGUUAGAAGCUCUUUAUAAGGAAGAACAAGUCUUAAGGAAGCGAUAUUUUAAUAUCAUAGAAGAUAUGAAAGGUAAAAUCAGAGUGUACUGUAGGUUACGUCCUCUUAGUGAAAAAGAGAUUGUUGAGAAAGAAAGCAACGUUGUUACAAGCCCUGAUGAGUUCACCAUAGAGCAUAUUUGGAAAGAUGAUAAGAUGAAGCAACAUCUUUAUGAUCGUGUCUUUGAUGCAACUGCUUCCCAAGAAGACAUUUUUGAAGAUACGAAGUAUCUUGUGCAGUCAGCAGUAGAUGGUUAUAAUGUCUGCAUAUUCGCUUAUGGGCAAACUGGUUCAGGAAAGACAUUUACAAUAUAUGGUUCUGAGAGCAAUCCAGGUCUAACCCCUAGAGCUACUGCUGAACUUUUUAAAAUUUUGAAGCAUGACAGCAACAAAUUCUCUUUCUCAUUAAAGGCUUAUAUGGUGGAAUUAUAUCAAGACACUCUCGUGGAUCUUCUAUUGCCAAAGAAUGCAAAGCGUAUGAAAUUAGAUAUCAAGAAAGAUUCUAAGGGAAUGGUAUCUGUUGAGAAUGUAACUGUCAUACCAAUUUCAACCUUUGAGGAUUUGAGAAACAUCAUUUUAAGAGGUUCAGAGCAGCGACAUACUUCUGGGACACAAAUGAAUGAGGAAAGUUCAAGAUCUCACUUGAUACUUUCAAUUGUUAUUGAGAGCACUAACCUUCAAACUCAGUCUUUUGCCAGAGGAAAGUUGAGUUUUGUGGAUCUAGCAGGUUCAGAGAGAGUUAAAAAAUCAGGUUCUUCGGGGAGCCAACUAAAAGAAGCCCAGAGUAUCAACAAAUCACUUUCAGCUCUUGGGGAUGUGAUAAGUGCUUUAUCUUCUGACAGUCAACAUAUACCAUAUAGGAACCACAAGUUGACAAUGCUCAUGAGUGAUUCACUUGGUGGAAAUGCCAAGACUCUAAUGUUUGUUAAUGUCUCCCCAGCAGAAUCAAACUUGGAUGAGAGUUAUAACUCUUUGACGUAUGCUUCAAGAGUUCGGUCAAUUGUGAAUGAUCCUAGCAAAAAUGUUUCAUCUAAAGAAGUUGCACGUUUAAAGAAGUUGGUUACUUACUGGAAGGAGCAAGCAGGGAAGAAGAUCGAUGAUGAAGAACUCGAAGAAAUCCAAGAAGAGCGGCUAGUAAAAGAGAGGACUGAUGGGCGACAUUCUACUUGAGCAUAUGAUAUAUUGAUAUUUUCAAAUGGCUUGAUAGUUUUUAAGGAGGGAACACAUGGUUGCCAACGUUUCUGGAGGAUUCUCUAGUCGCAGUGGAGCUCGUUAUCCCGCCUGCUGUUCUCAAUUUGUAAGUAUGUAGCCUGUUUAAGAUCUUAAAGCGGUAUGAAUAUCAAGGCCUUGCUCUGAACGCUUUGUUGGGGGCUCAAGGAUCAUAUUGCAACAAAAAAAUCAACUCGAUAUUGUAUAGUAGGAAGAGGGUUUAUAUUCUGCUGCCUCUUGUAAAUUAUUGCCUUCAUGUAAACCCUACAGCUCUGAAUGUGAAUUUACCAUUCUUUUCUC